AUGAGCACACAGGGCCAUUUCUACACACUUUUGAUCCAGAUUAACCCCCGAUUCUACGAGGAUCUAGGUGGGCCCCAUCCUCCACCUCCACCUCCCCAACUACCUCCCCCUCCCCCUCCCCAUCCCCCUCCCCCUCCUCCUCCACCUCCUCCUCCACCUCCACCUCCACCUCCACCUCCACCUCCACCUCCACCUGCAUGUACCCAACCACCUCCACCUCCACCUCCAACUCCACCUCCACCUCCACCACCUCCACCUCCCCCUCCACCUCCCCCUCCACCUCCCCCUCCACCUCCACCGCCACCCCCACCUCCAUUUGCACCUCCACCUCCACCUCCACCUCCACUAUCUCCGCCACCCACACCUCCAUCUCCAAAUGAAUCUUCACUUCCACCCACAAUGCCACCUACACCUCCACCUACAACUCCCCCUCCACCUCCAGCCCCACCUCCUACUCCACCUCCAUCUCCACCUACACCUCCAACUCCACCAGUACCUCCAACACCUCCUCCACCUCCGCCUCCACCUCCAAAUCCACCUCCACCUCCAACUAUACCUCCACCUCCACCUCCCCAACCACCUCCUCCUGCAACUCCCCCUCCACCUCCACCUCCACCACCACCUCCAACUCCACCACCACCUCCACCUCCCCAUCCACCUCCACCUCCAGAUCCCCAACCACCUCCACCUCCACCUCCAACUCCACCUCCACCUCCACCUCCACCUCCAACUCCACCUCCACCUCCACCUCCACCUCCACCUCCACCUCCACCUCCACCACCACCACCUCCAACUCCACCUCCAACUCCACCUCCAACUCCACCACCAACUCCACCUCCACCUCCAACUCCACCACCAACUCCACCUCCACCUCCAACUCCACCUCCACCUCCACCUCCAACUCCACCUCCAACUCCACCUCCAACUCCACCACCAACUCCACCUCCACCUCCAACUCCACCACCAACUCCACCUCCACCUCCAACUCCACCUCCACCUCCACCUCCAACUCCACCUCCAACUCCACCUCCAACUCCACCACCAACUCCACCUCCACCUCCAACUCCACCACCAACUCCACCUCCACCUCCAACUCCACCUCCACCUCCACCUCCAACUCCACCUCCAACUCCACCUCCAACUCCACCACCAACUCCACCUCCACCUCCAACUCCACCUCCAACUCCACCACCAACUCCACCUGCACCUCCACCUCCAACUCCACCUCCACCUCCAUCUCCUCCUGGAACCUCACAUUCACAUGUACCAUGUCCUGGACCACCUUCUUCAGGCGGAUGUUUCUUGUCCAGUGGAACUAGCUUCCCUGUAAAAAUAUACAAAUUAGAGGAUCCGUUUGAUUGUAACCUUGCAGAUGUGCUAGUUGAACUACACUUGGAGUUUAUUGAUUUGCAAGCAAAUGACUUCUUGAGAGAGAACUUUUACCGCUGGCUGUGUGAUGUUCAGUUAGCGAAACUGAAGAAAUUUGCCACUGGUAUGGCAUAA